GUACGUGUGCAGGGGCGGGGCGGGCCGGGCACCGCCUCCGGCGGAGCUCACUGGAGGACUGCACAGCCACCAGAGAGACUCUGGCGCUGGUGCGAGUCCCGCUCACCGCUGUGGACGUCGAGCGGCUGCGCAAGCCGCAGAGGAAGGAGCGCAGGGCGUAGCACUGAAGUUAAAAAAAAAAAAAGUGGUGUGUUUGGAGAGUCUUCUGAGCAUUCAAGAUGCAACCAGACAUGUCCUUUGAUGACAUUAAAAUGACAUCCAAUGACCUCCUGGAGAAGGAAGAUCUAGACAGCGGAGGCUUCGGGAAGGUAUCCUUGUGUUUGCACAGAAGCCAUGGAUUUGUCAUCCUGAAAAAAGUGUACACAGGACCCAACCGUGCUGAGUACAAUGAAGCCCUGCUGGAGGAGGGGAAGAUGAUGCAUAGACUGAGUCACAGUCGGGUGGUGAAGCUGCUGGGCAUCAUCAUAGAAGAAGGGAACUACUCACUGGUAAUGGAAUACAUGGAGAAGGGCAACUUGAUGCAUGUGCUAAAGGCUGAGAUCAAUAUUCCACUGUCUGUAAAAGGAAGAAUAAUUAUGGAGACUGUUGAAGGGAUGUGCUACUUACAUGGCAAAGGUGUGAUACACAAGGACCUGAAGCCUGAAAAUAUCCUUGUUGACAGUAACUUUCACAUUAAGAUAGCCGAUCUUGGUGUGGCAUCCUUUAAGACAUGGAGCAAACUGACUAAAGAGGAACACAAUGAACAGAGGAAAAUGAACAGCACCUCUAAGAAGAAUGGCGGCACCCUCUACUACAUGGCACCAGAGCACCUGAGUGACAUCAAUGCCAAGCCCACUGAGAAAUCAGAUGUGUACAGCUUUGGCAUUGUGCUUUGGGCAAUAUUUGCAAAUAAGGAGCCCUAUGAGAAUGCCAUCUGUGCAGAGCAGCUCUUAAUCUGCAUAAACUCUGGAAACAGGCCAAAUGUGGAGGACAUCAUUGAACACUGUCCCCGGGAGAUCAUCAGCCUCAUGGAGCAGUGCUGGCAGGCAAGCCCGGAAGACCGGCCAACAUUUCCUGGCAUUGAAGAAGAAUUUAGGCCUUUUUACAUAAGUCAACUUGAAGAACUUGUAGAAGAUGAUGUAGCAGAUUUAAAGAAAGUGUAUCCGGAUCAAAAUGCAGUUUUGAAGAGAAUGUACUCUCUCCAGUAUGAUUGUGUGCCAUUACCCCCGAGCAGGUCAAACUCAGAACAGCCUGGUUCGCUGCACAGUUCCCAGGGGCUCCCGAUGGGUCCUGUGGAAGAGUCCUGGUUUUCUUCCUCCCCAGAGCACCCACAGGAAGAGAAUGAGUGCAGUGUGCAGGGCAAACUCCAAGAGGAGGCCAGUUAUCAUGCUUUUGGCAGAUUCACGGAGAAGCAGACAAAGCCACAGACCAGACUGCAUGUGGCUUACAACAGAGAAGAAGAAAGGAGACGGCGAGUCUCCCAUGACCCCUUUGUACAGCAGAGACCUUAUGAGAAUGUUCAGAAUGCAGGGGUGAAAGGUCUGGCAGAUCCUAGCACAACCAGUCAUGGUAACAUAGUACACCAACUGACAAGGCCAGCCAGCCAACCUCAAGUGUCAUAUUGGAACAAUGGAUUGUAUAACCAACAUGGGUUUGGAACAAGACCAUUAGAUCCAGGAACUUCAGGUGUAGGAGUUUGGUAUGGGCCAAAUCCAAGCCAGAUGUGUAAUAUGUAUAAAACUCCAGUGCCUGAGACAAACACACUGGGAAGCACACCCACCAUUCCGUUCAGCUCCUUGCCACCAUCAGAUGAGUCCAUAAAGUAUACUAUACUCAACAGUACUGGCGUUCAGAUUGGAAACUAUAAUUAUAUGGAGAUUGGUGGAAUGAGUUCUCAACUACUAGAUAGCACAUGCAAAGAAGAGCCAGCUUCCAAGUACCAAGCUAUCUUUGAUAAUACCACUAGUCUGACUGAUAAACACCUGAACCCCAUCAGGGAAAACCUGGGAAGGCAUUGGAAAAACUGUGCCCGUAAGCUGGGCUUCACCGAGUCACAGAUUGAUGAAAUUGACCAUGACUAUGAGCGAGAUGGGCUGAAAGAAAAGGUUUACCAGAUGCUCCAGAAGUGGCUGAUGAGGGAAGGCAAUAAGGGUGCCACAGUGGGAAAGCUGGCUCUGGCGCUCCACCAGUGCUACCGAAUAGACCUGCUGAACCUCUUGAAACACGCCAGCCAGAGCUAAGCCUGGGGGCUCAGGCAGUGUGAACCAAACUGAUAAAUGAGCCCCCAGUGUGCUGCCCUCCAGCCUUCAGAACUCUUGACAGACUGCUGCAUCCACACACACUGUAUCAUGCAUCCCAGAACUGGAGAAUGGGAAGAGAAAUCCACAGUCCACAAUGACUUUCAAGAACGUGCAGGCAGGAAGACCUUUGAAUGGCCCAGGACCAAUUGGAAAAAAAGAGAGAAGAAGCCUAUUGGAUUUUUGGAUUUUGAAAGGGGGAGAUGAGGUAUUGGAGGAGGAAGGUGGUCUUCCUUCAGCACAUGUCAUAACCUUCUACUAUACCAUUCACUCAGUCCUGUGGUUUCAUCUGAGUGAGGAAAAAAACAUUCAGAGAAUGUGUAAUCAACUAACGACUUUGUGCUCUCUGAGAACAGUACAAUUAAGUUCUGCUCAUAUGUCUUAUGUGACAGCCACGGUUCUUUCUGAAACUAUAGGCGCUCUUAAUUUUAGUAUCAAUUGCUAUAUUUGUCACUACAGGCUUUAAGAAUUUAUAUGCAAUUCCAGUCUUUCAUGUUAAAUUAUAAAUUAAUGAGGGAUUUUUAUGAAGUGCUAAGGAAGAGAGAAAAAGAGGGUAGAGGGAGUCCGUCAGUCUCCUGGCAGUUGUUGGAAGAACCGCUACUGAUUUUGACAAUUAUAGAAAUUCUACAGGAAGUUUUGGAAUUUUUUCCUACCAUUCUGGUGCUUCAUGCAGUUUUCCAGCCUGUGUACCUUACAAAAGGGAACCAGUGUGCAGGAAAUAUUCAUCAGGAAAUAUCUCUUCAUUCCUACAUGUGACUGUAGUCUCAGCAUCCUCACUGUUGAGCUGUUUCCUCAGUUUAUCCCACUGUACUAUAGAAAUCUGUUUAUUUUCUUCUGUGUGCCAUAAAGUAAAAAAGGACAGCUUCAGAGUCUGGUCAUUGUGCCUUUAGAAAGCCCACCUGUAACUUAGCAAGGAGGGAAAGAACUAGAGUAGAAGACACGCCAAGAUCAGUGGUGGCAGUUGCUAAUCAGAGGGUAUGCUGUGGUGCUCAUCUUUGCCACAAUGAGGGGAGCAAAGUGCAGUGAUGUUCAGUCUGGCUGUCAGAAAAGAUUCUGGUGUCUUGGUUGAUAACAGCAUUGUGAGUUCCGAAUCUGAAUCUCCUUCAGCCUUGCAGAUGCACAGCAUACCCUGGAGUGGGCUGAAAAGCAGCUUUGUCCCCAUUGGCAUCUUGAGCUUUGUCAUCCCCCACUGUGGGGCUAUCUCCUGCCUUAUAUGAUGUUUGGAAGCACUCCUGGCCUCCUCUACAGCAUGCCAAUAGUACAAGUUCCUGCCCCUGCCCCCGGGUCUCUAAUAUUGUCACAUGCUCUGGUUUGGUUUCUAUUGCUGUGAUAAACAUAAUAAGCAAAAACAACUUGGGGAGGAUCUUACAGUGUACAGGCCAUCAUCAAAGGAAGCCAAGGCAGGAGCUGAACCAGAGAUCAUGAAGAACACUGUUCACUGGCUUGUUAUCAAGCUCAUGGUCAGCUACCUUUCUUAUAUAGCCCAGGCCCACCUGUCCAUGGAUGAUAUCACCCAUAAUGGACUUGGCCCUCCCACCUCAAUUAGCAAUCAAGAAAAUUCCCCCACAGCCAUGCCUACAGGACAAGCUAAUAGAGGAAGUUCCUCAGUUGAGGUUCACUCUUCCUAGGUGUGUCUAGGCUUGGGUCUGGCUGACAGCUGAAGUGAAUAUGACACCAUAUGUUCCUUGGAAGGACCUACUGUUAUGUAAUAGUAUGCUAUAUAAUAGUUCUCCUGUCACAAAGACUAGGUUCACACCUUAACUGCAAGGUAGCAUAGGGCAUGUGCAUUAAAAGGGAAACAGGAGCAGGGAAGGGUCCCAGUUUUUCAAGAGGAAUCUGGAUAGUCUUUGAAUGUGUUCUACCUACCUCUGUUCUAAUGCUGUUUUAAGAAGACAAAAUUGGAAAGUAUUUUUAAUGGAAUUUUUUAAAAAUAAAUUUCUGGGAAAGCCAGAGCCAGUUCACCGGAAUUGCAAUGGUGAUCAGGGUCCUAAUCUAUUAUGCCUAUAACAGAGGAGCUGUCAGGCUGUGAAGGGGAGGAACCAUGUGGCCAUUGCUGCAAACAAGAUGCUUCAGGGUCCAGGGUCAGUAGUGAUCAUGGACUUCCAGAUCUUUUCAUGGGUGACUAGCUAUACAUCAUCCUGUCCAUUGCUACCUAUAUCCUGACAGCUGCCCAGCACCUCAAGCUAUGACUUGUAGGAGUUGAAGGACAGUCAACAGAUGAGGGCUUACACCCUCAUAAGCAUGGUGGCCAACCUCUUGGGAGAAAUAAUUUGGCCCUUGCUGCACAGAGCAUUAGUAGAUUGGACCUGAAGACCUUUAAGCCCUUCAUGUGCCCUCUGGACCUCAUUGGCUGCACCAUGGUGACUGAUGACUUUGUAGUUGGUUGCAUAUGUUCUGAACACAUGUAUGGGAUGUGGGAGUCUCUCUGGAAGCUCAACAUGGAUCCAGAGGAUCUGUUUAAAACCACUUUCCAAGGAGGUGCUGGAAAGAUGGCUCAUGGUUAAAACCACCUCCCAAGUCAUGCCAAAUGCUGAGAACUGGAUGCAGUAUCAGGAAUGGGUGUCAUCCACAUCAUUGAGAAGGACAAGAUUGCCACCAGGACACUGAAGG